AUGAGGACGGAAGUGACAGAAGGAAAUAACACCAAACCUAGUGCUCCUCUCCUGGCCCAACGAUACCCAAGAAUGGUCACCAAAGAUGGGCACAGCACUCUCCAGAUGGAUGGUGCUCAUGGGAAAGGCCUUGCAUACCUGAAAGAUGCUUGGGGAAUCUUAAUGGACAUGCGCUGGAGAUGGAUGAUGCUAGUAUUUUCUGCUUCUUUUGUCCUCCACUGGCUGGUCUUUGCAGUUCUCUGGUAUCUACUAGCGGAGAUGAAUGGGGAUCUAGAAAUAGAUCAUGAUUCUCCACCUGAAAACCACACUAUUUGCGUAAAGUACAUCACCAGCUUUACAGCUGCAUUUUCAUUCUCACUGGAGACACAGCUCACUAUUGGUUAUGGCACGAUGUUUCCAAGUGGAGACUGUCCAAGUGCAAUUGCUCUACUUGCUAUACAAAUGGUAUUGGGACUUAUGCUGGAAGCUUUCAUUACAGGUGCAUUUGUAGCAAAAAUUGCCCGCCCAAAGAACCGAGCUCUGUCUAUCCGGUUCACUUAUUCUGCAGUAGUGACACACAGAGAAGGAAAGCCAUAUCUAAUGUUCCAAGUGGCUAAUACUCGCCCAAGUCCACUUACCAGUGUUCGGAUUUCUGCAGUUCUUUAUGAAGAACGGGAAAAUGGUCAGCUGUAUCAAACGAGUGUGGAUUUUCAUCUGGACAGCAUCACUUCUGAAGAAUGCCCGUUCUUUAUUUUCCCCUUAACCUAUUACCACUCUAUAACACCAUCUAGCCCUCUAGCCAUUCUCCUACAAAGGGAGGCUCAUCAUCAUUUUGAGCUAGUAGUCUUCCUUUCAGCCACACAGGAGGGUACAGGAGAAACUUGUCAAAGGAGGACAUCCUACCUACCAUCUGAAAUCAUGCUACACCACCACUUUGCCUCCAUGUUAGCUCGAGGCUCCAAAGGGGAAUAUCAAAUCAAGAUGGAGAAUUUUGACAAGACUGUCCCAGAGCUUCCAGCUGCAGAUUCCAAAAGUUCCAAGAGGACUGACAUGGAGAUCCGCAUCAAUGGACAACAUAUCGAUAGCUUCCAGAUCUGCGAGACUCGCCUGACAGAAUAG